AUGGCAUCCCUCAAUCUGUCAACCAACGGUCCUUCGAUCAAGAAGAGCUACCAAUCCAUCGUUGACGGUCCCGCGCCCUCGUCCAAGUCGCCAACCUAUGCUCAAUGGGCCGUCUACUCGGUCCAGGCUCCCCUCACAAGCGCCUUCCAGCAAGACUCGAGCAAGGAGAGUGUUCUGAAAGUUCAAACUACUGGAGAGGGCGAGCUUGAAGAGCUCCUUGACGAGUUCUCGGACGGUCGCAUCCAAUUCGCCUUCGCCAAGCUCAAGGACCCCAAUUCUGGCCUGCCCAAGUCGGUUUUGAUCUCGUGGUGUGGUGAGGGUGUUCCCGAGAGAACAAAGGGCUACUUCAACACACACCGUGCCGCUGUCUCCAAGCUGCUUCACGGCUACCAUGUCGAGAUCACAGCACGCUCCGAAAGCCACCUGAGCCCCGAGAGCAUCAUCGAGAAGGUCUCAAACGCAUCUGGCGCCAAGUACGGUGGUGGCUCUUCGACCUCCGACUCGGCCCCCUCGGCCUCGCGCGCCCCUCCACCACCUGCUGCCACCAAGCCUGUCUUCAUGCCUACACGCACCGGCGGUUCUCUUCUUGCUUCGCGACCCAAGCCUGCAGCUCCUACAAACACCGACAGUGAUGGCUGGGGAGAUGAUGCGCCUCAACUGUCCCGCAACACUCUUGAGAAGGUGGAAUCUGCAUACAAGCCUACAAAGGUCAACAUGGCCGAACUCACCAGCCAGAAGCAAGCCCCUUCGCGCUUCCAGCCUCCUACAAGGCAGGACAAUGAUGGCCCCAGCGACAUCGUUAAGGGCGGUUACCAACCUAUCGGCAAGGUCGACAUCAAUGCCAUCCGUAGUCAAGCACGUGAACAGCAGGAUGACAGACCCACAGUCGUCAAGGGAGCCUACGAGCCUGUUGGCAAGGUCGACAUUGCUGCUAUUCGCGCAAAGGCUCAAGCUGCCCCCCCACCCGCUGCUGCUCCUGUGAACCAAUCUCGCACCGGUGAUGAUGAAGAUCAGGAACCCAAAUCUCUGGCUGAGAGAUCCGCCGCCUUCAGCCAAUCUAGCCAAUCUGGACGCCUGAGCGAAAUGCCCAAGCCCAAGGUCGCAAACCGUUUCGGAUCCUCAACAAGCUCAUUCGCUGGCACCAAGGCUCCCACUCCUGUUGGUUUCGGUGUACCACCACCAGCUACUUCUGCUCCAAUCGGUGCUGCUAGUAAGAACUUUGCCAGCACUGACGGCAAGUCUCCUGCUCAAUUGUGGGCCGAGAAGAAGGCCCGCGAGCGUGGACUCAGUGGUGCUGGUGAGACUGCUCCUCCUCCACCGGCUGCUGCUGCUUCGCCUAUGCAAAGCCAGCCAAGUGGUGGUUGGCAGAGUGGUUACACUGGCAAGUCUUGGGCUCCUGUCUCAACUAACCGCACAGGUGCCAGCAACAUCAGCGCUCAGAAGACCGGCCAGAGUGAUGUAAGAUCGCCCGAACGUGAGACAGAGCCUGAGAUCCCAUCCGGUGGAGUCAGCGCCCUCAAGGACCGUUUCAAGAACGCUGCUCCUAUGGGCGCUUCCAACGUUGGUGACGACUCUCCCGCACCACCUAUGCCUCCUCCGAUGGACUUCUCCAGCAAGCCUAAUGCUGGUCUUGCUAGUCGCUCUGUGCCACCACCUCCCCAAGAAGAAGAGGACGAGAGACCCGAGGAAGAGCACGUCAGCCUUCCCCCUCCUCCCGCUCAACCACGCAGUCCCACACCUUCGCCUCCCAGCUCCCCUAUUCGUGUUGCCAUGCCCGUCGCCCGUGGAGCGCCUGUCGAGCCUAUGGAGCCUGUGGAAGACGAAUUCGAUGUUCCUCCUAUGCCAACACAAUCGAUGUCUAACGCCGCCUCUGCCGCUGCAGCACACAUGCGUGAUGAGCCAGAAGACGAAGAGGACCAUGCUCGUGCUGCUGCUGAAGAAGCCUCAACCACUACCUUCGGCGCAGGCGCCGCUACCGCCAACCCUGGAGCUGGCGUUGCUGGAAAGCGCGCUCUCGUCCAGUAUGAUUACGAAAAGGCCGAGGACAACGAGAUUGAACUUCGCGAGGGCGAAUACGUCGAGAACAUCGAGAUGGUCGACGAGGAUUGGUGGAUGGGCCAGAACUCGCAGGGCGAGACUGGUCUGUUCCCAUCAAACUAUGUCGAGCUUGUGGAAGAUGACGGUGCUGCUGCUGGCGGUGCUGCUCCUCCACCUCCUGCCCCUGUUCACGACGAGCCCGCUGCCACACAUGCCCCUGCAGCUCCCGCAGCUGCCGGUGGACAAACCGCCACAGCACAAUACGACUACGAGGCUGCUGAAGACAACGAGCUCAGUUUCCCUGACGGCGCAAAGAUCACCGAUGUGGAAUUCCCCGACGAGGACUGGUGGUUCGGCCACUACAACGGCCAGUCAGGUCUCUUCCCUGCCAAUUACGUCGAGCUGGACCAGUAG